AUGUACAAUAAUCUCUUAUAUAAUAUUGUUUAUAAACGAAUUAUAAUAUUAGGACAUCAUAUAUUAUUAUUAUUAUCAUCAUCAUCAUCUAUGAUAUUUGAAAAUUCCGCUUUCUUAUCAAUUCAACAGUUUCAAUAUUAUAUUCAUUCACACAUAGAAUUAUUAUUAAAAAAUUUCUGUAAUCAUUUUAAUAUAAAAUUUUUUAUUAUUUUAUUAAUGAUUAUUAUUAAAAGUCAAUUAAAAUAUGAUUUAUUUCAUUCAAUGAAUCUGACAGUUGAUGCAUCUAUCUUAACCCCAACACCAACACCAAUAACAACAAUUAAUACAUUCAAACAAUAUUAUCAUAGACCAUUAAGAUAUUAUUUACAAUUAUCUAAUGAACAAAAACAAUCACUUAGAUCCUAUUUAUAUCAUUCAGAUCAUUGGCUUACACAACAAAUGAAUAAUCCAUUUUUAUCUAAUAUCAUUACAAAUGAUCAUGGUGUUAACUCUUAUGAUAAUGAAAAUGAUAAAAAUCCACAAUUCAAUAAUCUUCAAUAUAAUGAAAAAAUACAAUCUAUAAUUGAAAAAUUUAAAAAUAAAAUUUUACAUCAAUUGCAUUUGAAAACGGUACCAAAAGUCAAUGUGAAUAAUGAAUCUGAAUGGAAUUCAUUACCAAUAAUAUUACGUAAUCGAUUAAAAGCUGAAAUUGAUGUGAAUAAUCAAUUCAUUGAUAAACCAAUUGGACAAGAUGAAGAGAAAGAAACAUUGAUUUUAUUAAAACAAUACCAACCGCCAGUGAAACUGCCCAAUCCAAAUAUAUUUACAUUAAAAGUAGCCGAACAAAUUGAUCCAACUCAUAUAAGCCGAGUUACUCUUCAUGUCGAGAUCAACGGUGAAAUUCGUCCAAAUUCAAUCUUCACUUUAUGGGAAAUUCAUCCUACAUUAUUUAAACCAAAUUUUUUAUGGUUUAAUGAUAUUAAUGAUAAUAAUAAUGAUAAUGAUGAUUUAACAGCUGAAUCGUUACCACAAACUGAUAUCAAUGAUUAUAAUGAAAUGGAAAAUGAUCAGAAAUUUCAAUCAUCCAAUUUAUUCAAUGAUCCAUAUAGAUUAUCUAUUAAUGAUUUCCAAAGAAUGUUUAAAUUAAUUAAACCAGAAAUAGCUAAAACUAUGAUACCUCAAAAUAAUUUGACAUCUAUGAUAACAUUGAAUAUUACAAACCGUAUGAUUCAUUGGUUAAAAUAUAAUCAUAUAAAAAUUCAAGCCUAUAAACCAUUAAUAAGAUAUUUAAUGAUUAUGUGUAAUGAUUGUGAUAAUGAACAAAAUAUUAUUGAUCCAAAAAAGGUUGUUAUGGAAAUUAAAUAUCGUCCACGUUUAAAAAGACAGAGGCGUUCAUUAACUAAAGGAGACGAGACAAUAUACAAUGUAUGUCGUUCCAAUGGACACCAUUAUAGUUGUUGUACACAACCAUUAUCUGUUAAAUUUUCUGAUAUUGGUUGGGAUAAUUGGAUUAUACACCCGAAAAGUUUUGAACCGAAUUAUUGUCGAGGAUCCUGCAAAGUCACAUCAACAAAAAGUCUACACUAUGAUGUUAUGGAUUUAUUAUUACGUAAGAAUUUAUCACAAUUUGGAAAUAUUCAACGUGAUGAUGUACAAUCUUGUUGUCAUCCAACUCAAUUAACUAGUAUGUCUGUUUUAUACUUGGAUUCAAAUCGUGAAUUACAAAUGCAUACUUUACAUAAUUUAAUUGUUUUAGGAUGUGCUUGUAGUUAA